UUAUUUUUUGUAUAGUACUUGGUGAUUCAUUAAAUGAAAUUGAUUCACACUGAACAAUGUAACUUGUAAAUUAUACUUUGCCUUUUUUUCGUUUCAUUCCAAUCCAUUUAUACGUUUGAUUCGCUACUAUAAUCGUAUAGAUUUCAUUUGCGGGUAUAAACGGUUCAGAAAUGCUUUUGUGGGUAAUAACGCCAUUUUUGUUGUGUUUAUUAUUUAGUUUAAAGCCAAGUUUGGGAUCGAACAAUACCAUUAAACCGAGAAUACAUAACGGUUUUAGUGUUUCACCUAAUGGCGUUCCAUUUCAAACAUUGAUACUAAGCGUGAAUACCCGAAGCGAUUUAAUACAAUGUGGCGGGGUAAUUUAUGGAAAAAGAACUGUUUUAUCGGCGGCGCAUUGUUUUCGAAAUGUUUCAAUUGAUGAAAUUUCUGUGUUCGCAGUAAAAUCGAUUGGGUUGGUGAACAAAGAACCAGUAGCUGAAAGUAGAGCUUCAAUGUAUGGCUGGGGUAAAUCGAAAAAUAAAAGAGGCACACUUGGUAUUGAAUUGUUACAAGCAAACGUUACUCUACGAUCAACUGAAUUCUGUAAGGGGAUUUACAACAUGGAUCCCAGCGAAAUCUGUACAUUUGAUCCUAUCAUGAAAACUAACGCUUGUAAGGUAGAGGAGAAUAGAAAAUAAAUCGAUAACAAAACUUUUCAAUAUAAUACGUUCUUUUAGGGCGAUUCUGGUUCCCCUCUUGUACAAAAUGGAAAGUUGAUCGGUAUUGGGUCGUUCUCAAACAGCCA